CAUUGCUUCCAGAAGUGCCGCCAUCUUGGUGGCGGUUGCUGGCGGAGGUUUGAAGCUUUGAGUGAAUCGGCGCGGGCGCGAGGAUGGUGUAGGUCCGGGGCCUGGAGCCCGUGGUUGGGGAUUGGUUUGGGGUCUCGCUGUUUGCUUCGUGUGGAGCUGGCGGGAGAAGAAGCGAUGACCACGGCGCAAGAGUGAGUCGGGCCCAGCCCGGAUCGGGUCAGUUGGCGGAGCCGCUCCGUUCUCUCCCGGCUGCAGGCAGAGUUGUUGAAGUGAUGCGGGUGUGAGGAGGAAACCGAGCCCCGAGUGGAGAGCAGCUUCAAUCAUGGGUUGCAUAAAGAGCAAGGAGGACAAAGAGCCAGCUAUGAAGUACAGACCAGGUGACACUACCGGAACUGUUGGUGCACAUAUUUCUCAGUAUGGUCCUGAUCCCAACCAACUAACACAGUCACCAGCACCAAAGGGACCGUCGGGUAAUUUCAGCAAACAUUCCAUCACACCAUUUGGUGGGUCAGCUGGCAUGGCACCAUUUGGAGGUGCUUCUUCAUCGUUUACGAUUGUGCCAAGCCAGUACACAAGUGGUGUUACAGGUGGUGUUACUAUUUUUGUGGCCUUAUACGAUUAUGAAGCAAGAACAACAGAAGAUCUGUCUUUCCAAAAGGCUGAGAGAUUCCAGAUCAUAAACAAUACAGAAGGCGACUGGUGGGAAGCUCGAUCUAUCACUACAGGAAAAAAAGGUUACAUUCCCAGCAAUUAUGUGGCUCCUGCUGACUCCAUCCAAGCAGAAGAGUGGUAUUUUGGUAAAAUGGGUCGUAAGGAUGCAGAGCGAUUGCUGCUACAUCCAGAAAAUCCACGUGGCACAUUCUUAGUUCGAGAGAGUGAAACCACAAAAGGUGCAUAUUCCCUUUCAAUAAGAGAUUGGGAUGAAGUAAAAGGUGAUAAUGUCAAACACUACAAAAUCAGAAAACUUGACAGCGGUGGUUAUUAUAUUACAACAAGAGCACAGUUUGAGUCACUACAGAAGCUGGUGAAACACUACACAGAUCAUGCAGAUGGUUUGUGCCAUAGAUUAACUACUGUAUGCCCUACUGUAAAACCACAAACCCAGGGACUGGCUAAAGAUGCAUGGGAAAUUCCUCGGGAUUCCUUGCGUCUGGAAAUUAAACUUGGACAAGGCUGUUUUGGUGAAGUCUGGAUGGGAACUUGGAACGGAACCACAAAAGUGGCGAUUAAAACGCUAAAACCGGGUACCAUGUCUCCAGAAGCUUUUUUGCAAGAGGCUCAAAUUAUGAAGAAAUUGCGCCAUGAUAAACUUGUACCAUUGUAUGCUGUUGUCUCAGAAGAGCCGAUUUACAUUGUAACGGAAUACAUGGCAAAAGGAAGUUUAUUGGAUUUUGUAAAGGAAGGUGAUGGGAAAGUUUUGAAACUUCCUCAGCUUGUUGAUAUGGCUGCGCAGAUUGCUGAUGGCAUGGCGCAUAUUGAGCGAAUGAACUACAUCCACAGAGACCUGAGGGCUGCCAAUAUUCUUGUAGGUGACAAUCUUGUAUGUAAAAUAGCAGACUUUGGUUUGGCACGAUUGAUUGAGGACAAUGAAUACACAGCAAGACAAGGAGCCAAAUUUCCUAUUAAAUGGACAGCUCCAGAGGCUGCUUUAUAUGGGCGGUUUACAAUCAAAUCUGAUGUAUGGUCUUUUGGAAUUCUGCUGAUAGAGUUGGUUACUAAGGGAAGAGUGCCAUAUCCAGGUAUGGUGAACAGGGAGGUUCUGGAGCAAGUGGAAAGGGGCUACAGAAUGCCUUGCCCUCAGGGAUGUCCAGAGUCUCUCCAUGAGCUCAUGAAACAGUGUUGGAAAAAGGAUCCUGAUGAAAGACCAACAUUUGAAUAUAUACAGUCCUUUCUAGAAGACUACUUUACUGCUACAGAGCCCCAGUACCAACCUGGUGAUAAUCUAUAAGUCAACUGCAGUAGGCUGUUGGUCCACCAAAACUGAAGGACUCCCAAAUGGUGUCUUGCUACUCAAUACUGAACCAACAUUGAUUUACACAUUCUGGAAUGCUACUGCGCGGUUGCACAGAACCACUUUUUCAUGAACUUGAACAUCUGUCAUCCUUUUGCCAUUUCACAUCAGGGUACUAAAGGAAUUUUUGUGAACACUUAUCAUUUUUAGGUUAAAUAUGGUGUAGGAACAACAAGACCCAAGUUUCUAAAUGUGAAGACUUAUACAAUCUUAUAAAAUUCUAACCUAGAUAUUAAAGUCCUGUAUUUUUGGAGAGGAAUAAGUCUUUUAACUUUUUAGAACAUUGAUAUAAAAAUCUGACUUAGACUAAAUUUGCCUGGGUCUAUUAAAUGUAGAAAGAGUGCAAGAGUUAAUCUUGAUUUAUUGGGAGACCUCAAUAAUCAGAUGGUCGUAUGUGUGAGUAUUGCACUGUGUUCAGUAUUUCUACUGAUGUAACUGGAAAUGCAGCAUGAGAUUUUUUAUACAUAGUUUGCUUGGAUUUCAUUGAAAAACACAGGAAAAUAAUGAAACUAAUGUUUUAUAACAUUGUUUAUAAACUAAACUACAAUUCUUUUAAACUUGAAAUCAUGUACAAUUAGCUUCAUGGAGAUAGUUAUGGGGUGCUUUUUGAUUUUUGUUAGGAAUAGUUGAUUUCAGAAUGAACAAAUGUCCAUUAGUGACUGUAAAAGAUUUGGUAUUUAAAGAUGUAGCUUAUUUCUAGUAGAGAAACACUUGCUGAAAAUCAGAAAUUAUGAAAAAAAUAAUCAUAACUUGCAGAUCCUGACAUAUCAAGCAAUAAUUAAUGGAGUGGUACUGCUGCAAUUGUGAUAGCGACCGAGCUAGACGUGUCAAUUAUGUGAACUGCAGCUGUCAGUUUUUUGUCUACUGUGGGAAAGAAUGCUGAAACUUAGUCAUGGUCUUAUCAUUGCUGAAGCACAAUUCCCUGAAAAUGAGCAACAGCAUUUCCAGAUAAUGAAUUCUAACUUUCAAAUGUUUACAGGACUUGCUCUAGCUGUGGAGAUUGUUCUACAGAUCCUAACCAGUGCCAUCACUUGUACAUUUUUCUCCUCCAAUUUAUUUUGUGAUAGCAGUUUUAAAAGUCUCUAUGAAAUCACAGAAUCUGAUUUUUGUAACUUUUAUUGAAAAUAAGCAAGCUUGGUUGUCUUUUCUGUACGAUUAUCAGAACUCCAGCACUGCCAGAAAUGUUCUCUGGUGAUAUCAUUUUGUUUCAUUAGUAAACUGAAUCAUUCCUGUAAUAGCAUUUGUACAGUAAAUAAACACUAAUUUGUGUCACCUUAA